AUGAUAAAAGCAAUUAGAAAACUAAGCAAGUCGCCCGGCUAUUAUUUUGAACGUUCUCCGACAGUCAGCGCGAGCGUCGGAACAAUGAGCAAGCUGUGCAGACAGGUGUCGAUCGAGUCGCCGGGGCCGGCGCUCAGGGAGUGCGUGUUCAGUUUCGACGUGCCCGUCCCCGACGUGCCGAUGUACGGCGCCAGGAUCCGCGUGGCGUACGCGGGCGCGUGCUACCGCGCAACACGCACGCGCUCCGCGUCCGUGUGCAGCACGUCCUCCGUGUCCUCCAUCAGCAGCCUCGGCGGCGAUACGGAGGCGUACGGCUGCCACGUGGCCACGCCCGCGCACAAGGGGCUGCGCGACGGCGCCCUGUUCCCCGGCUACGAGGUGGCCGGCGUGGUGGACGCCGUGGGCAAGGCGGCGGAGCGUGUCGACGGCAUCGCCGAGGGCACCCGCAUCGUGCUGUACCCCUACGAGGGGGUGCCGCACGGCUACGCUGACUACAUAGUUGUGCCGGACUUCAAGUGCCUAGUGCGCGUGCCCGACCGCCUGCCGCUGAGCGUCGCGGCCAUGCUGCCCACCGGCGCGCUGCUCGCGACCAACACGGUUCAGAUGGCGAGCGAGUGCCUGAACACCGUGUUCAUGGGCCCCGAGCGCAGGGACACGGCGACGGUGCUCAUAGUGGGCACCGGCGGCCUGGCGCUGUGGGCGCUGCGAAUCGCCACCCACCACUUCAAGCGCAGCCAGUACCACGACCGCAUAAGGACCACGGUGGCGACGCUCAAGGACGAGGGCUUCGCCCUCGCCAAGGAGAGCGACAAGAUCAGCGUGGUGCAGUGGAGCGAGGAUCUGUACGAGCGGCAGCUGAUCGAGCGCACGACGGACGCCUGCGGCGGACCGGUCGACAUUGUCCUGAACUUUGGCACCACGUCGCGGUCACUGCACCGCUCGCUGCAGUGCCUCGCCCCGGGCGGAAUGGUCCUGGUGACGGAAGACGUCGGUGACAAGCUGAUGCCGAAGUUCGCGAAGAAGGCGGAGGAGAUGCGGGUUCACAUUGUGGUCGUGCCAAACGGCUCCAUAGAACAGUUGAAGGAAUUGGUUCAACUGGUGGCUAGCGGCGAGAUCGAGCCGCCGCCCCAUUCGGUAUUCCCGGCGGAGGAUGCCCAGGAGGUGGUGAGGAAACUGUGCAAUUCGGAGAUCAACGGACGCGCCAUCCUGAAGUUCCACAACGUCGAC